AAGUAUAUGCCUUGCUUUUCUCGACUUACGUACCUUUUUUCCGUCCUUCGUCUAUAUAGGUCAUAUAUCCUGUCGUAUUAUAGAUACCUUAGAAAACACUUGAGAUCUAUCCCUAUAUCAGAAAAGCGGAAUCAUAUUCGGAAACGACCAAGUAACAGAAUAUACAUAUACGAGGCCACUUGAAACAAGAAAGAUGAAGGCAUCAACCCUCGCCGCCGUACUGGCACCCUCAGCCGCCUCCGCGCAGUGGUGGAAAGGCGCUCCGGGAUGCGCUCAAUCCUGCCUCUCAACCGCCUGGUCCAGCCCCACCGCCACCGUAACAUCCGGCUGGCCCGCGCAAUCCUCGUACUGCGACGCCGACGUCGGGUCAAGCGUCGGCUCGUGCAUCAGCUCCGCGUGCUCGGAUUCCUCGUCCAGCACCGCGUACUCGUCCUACGCCUCGCUCUCGUCCUCGCUCUGCGCCGCGUAUUCUUCCUGCUCGUCCGCCGGCUCGACGGGGGUCCGCACCGUGACGUACAGCGCCGGGCCCGUGACCUGGGCCGCGCCCGGGGGCUGGGGGUCGAAGGCUUUCGGCGGGGGUCCGCCGGGGUUACCCGGGAAUGGUGGGAAUGGAAGCGAUGGUGAUGAUGGGACGAGUAGCGAUGCGUAUAGACAGUACUGGAGCGAUUGGGCUUCGGCGUUCAGCGGCAGCCACACGUGGACGGGCGGCGUGGCGACGGUGACCGGUUGCGCGUUUGGCGGGUCGCCGUGGUUCGUCGGCCCGGGCUGCGGAUGGAAUGGGCUGGGCGGCUUCGACGGCUGGGUCGGCUGGGGCUCGGGCUGGAGCUGGGGGCCUACGAGCACGGAGACGGUCACGUUUACUACGACGGAUGAUGGCGGUGCGACGACGACCGGCACGGGGCUCGCGGCCGUCGCGCUGGCUGUUAGUGGGACGCUUACUACGAGUACGACGCUUGGUACGCCGACGGCGACGAGUGGGAGCGAGAAUGCGGCUGCGGCGCUCGGGAGAGGUGGGCCUGGUGGUGUUGGGGCCGAGGGGUCGGUGGUUACGGGGAUGAUGGGGGUUGCGCUGGGGGUUGUGCUGCUUGUUGCUGGGAUGUUGUGAUGGGUACCUAUCUACCUAUCCUCUUACUUACCACCACUUACCCCCUUUUAUCUUUCUGUUGUCUUGGGUUGAGUUUGCAUACCUUCGGCUAGGUUAUGGCCUACGAACCAACGUCUUUCCUUUGGUGUUUUUCGCCUACCUGCAUUUUUUUCUUUUUGGGUACUCACGACCAUGGAAAAACGGCCUCGAAAAUAUAGGUCUUAAUGAUUCGGGCGUCUGGACUUUGGUCUCUGGAUAUGGGAAG